AUGAAGAUCGGCCAGCAGAUCAAGUUUAUUGUUAUCAACAAGCAAGCGAACUCCUUGUACUCUCUGAUCGCUGAUGGGCAAUACCGCCACACCUCACUGGGUCUUGACACGUGGAAGUCACUGAUUGGUUCUGAGGCCUCCUUACAGAAAAUCUGUAACAAGGAAGGGUUCAAUGCUGUGUCUAAAGAUUCUCGUUUUUCCAAAGCCAGGAUCGGUAUCCUUGGUGACAACAUCGGCGAUUGCAGAACCUGUGACUCUAGAAUUGGGUUUGGUACUGGAGGAGAUCAUGAUAACAACAACACAUGCGGAAACGAGGCUAGUGUGUUGGGGACAGAUAAUGGCGAGAAGCAUAUCAAGGCAAUGGGAUAUAUUUUGGUGCAGUAAAAAGAAACUGAUCUUCGGCGCUAAUUUACCUUUGGCACCAAAAAGAAAGUGUAGUUUAAGGAAACUCUUUUUCUCUCUUCGUUUUUUGUGGAUAAACAAUAGACUAUGUCUAGAUUGAAUUAAAGUUAACCAUUGUUCAUUAGAAGUAAAGACACAAUGAGAAACUAGGAUUAAAAGUUAUUGGUUACUGUAAUCCAGUCUCGCUAUUACUCUACCCCCUAACAAAACUAUCUUAUUUUGAGAUUGGAGGUGAGUUUUCAGUUUUUAAUUGUUUUUUUUUUUUCAUUAUUGUGCUUUACUUAGAUCAGCACUUGAAGAGGACGAAGUUGGUGAUGCGAGUAUAUUAGCUUUUCUACGUGGUCUGUUUUCCAAGUUCUUAUAAGCGUCCUUGAAGAGUUUACAAAUUUCAAACUACUGUAGUAAUGAAAAUAAAAUAAGGACCGUCCUGUAUCGGUAAUUGGAAACGGUCAGUGUUAACGUGGAAAAAUAGAAACUCAGGGAACUGAAAUGUACUCAUAGGCUUAAAUUAGUCAUAAAGUGGGUUGGGAAAGUUUUCAGAUUGGGAUGAUCUUUCUCAAAUUGUGAUCAAUCGGUUCCAGAGGAGACUGAAUCGGAGUUUGAACCACGCACUCAAAUGAUACUUGGAAACCGAAUUUGAUUCACGAGAUAAUAUUUUAGCUAAUAAAUUUCUAGAGUGAUUUUGCUUUGGAAGUAUCUCCCUUGGGAAGGAUAGGAUGCAGUUGUGUGAAUGGUUUCCAUCCACGUACUUUUCUGCCACCUAAAAUUUCGUGUUGUGUUUUGGGUUCCAUUGCUACUUUAUUUUUUCAUUCAAGAGUGAAAUUAGAAAAUCUGAAAUACAAUCUCAGUUUAAUAAUGAGUUUUCUUUGCUAAAUCUGAUUGACUGCGCUCUUUUUAUAUCUAAAAUAUUUUGCGCAGUCAAGGUUCUUGCUGAUCCAUUAGAAGCUUGGACGCCCGCUGGGACCUUUAUUGAAUUUUGGGACCCCCGUGGGGGCGUAUAGACAGGAGACUCAAAGGAGGCGUUUAUUGACUUUAUAAUGUAAUAAAAGUUGCAAGCUCAACAAAGUUUUAAAGAGAAUUUAUCAAGAGAAUUUAAAAAUGGUGGAAUUUUUGUGUCCAUCAAUUUUACGUCUAGGGCCGUAUACAUAGCGAUGUAUAUCAGGAGAUCGUUCGAAUCUUUACAUCGAUGUCAGAAUCCUGGCUUCGGGUUAUUGUGUUUGUCAUCGUUAGUAAAUCCUUACCCUGAAUUUAACACAGAACAAGCAAAAUGCAAUGCGCAGACGAGGUUGCCUAUUUACCGAGUCAGGAUUUCGAGUUGGGUUUCCAGUUGGAUUUUCGAGUUGGAUUUUCGAGUUAGGAUAUUUUUGGCGGGAUUUUUUGGCGAGGUUUCCAAUAAAUUUUCAGUGGUUUUACACAACGUACUCUGUCAGCGGUGUUGCACAUCGUCUUGAGGUCUUUUCAAGAUGGAGGAGAACGAGGAUGGCAGACCGGUAACGGCAAUCUUGUUUAAUCUAUCCCAGUAUUGCAUUCGUAAUUAUAUUUUUGACUGGACAGAAUGGCUUACACUUCAAUGAAUGCUUUUAUUUAUGAAUUAUUCGUUAAUUGUCGAGUGUCGGCCGGAUGUAAACCAUUACAAUCUUUCGUAAAAUAAUGUUUGAUUUCAAGAGAAUUAUACACCAGAAAAACCUACAUGUGAUCCCAGAAAUGUUACCUGGUUAUAAUUUUGUUUUCAGAAGCACAUGAUAUAUCCAGGGCCGGGUGGAAGUGCCAAUUAUAGAAAUAUAUAGUAUAUAAAUAUAGAAGUCAAUUUCACGAGGUGCAAAUUAUCUAAGGCCCAACGUAACUGGUUUUUUAAUACUGCAAGUGCGGUGCAAAUAUCUUUCUUUAGUAAAAUCCAACUUUAGUGGUCUAUUAUCAAUGCUGCGUUCUGAUUGGUUGAGCUACUAUAGCUACUAGGCUAAAAUGUUAUAGCCCACUAGUAGCGAAAAGCGCCGGCUUUGAAAACCAAAACAAUGGCGGCUGAAUAGCGUUUUGCUAGUUAAAGUUGUUUUGUCUCGAUAUUUUUGACCACCUAGUUGGAUUUUACUAAAACAAUUAUUCCUCUCGCCCUCAUGGCCCCUGAGUCAAUAGCCCAUGACCCCCCUGUAUAACUCAUGUAUUUCGGGCUGAUAGUCCGCUUGUUUCUACAGUAAUCUGGUGCUUAAUGCAGUUACAAAAAAACUCCAUACCUAGACAAAACGAAUGAUGAUACCGAGUCUGGAUGAAAAAGAAGUUUCAACACCUGUGUAAUUUAUCAUUUACUUGGGAAAACUGGAGGGGCUGGACAUUCCGCUUGUUUGUGUCAUUCCAACCUUCAGAGAAGAUUUAAGACGAAGUAAUUUUUGUACUCUUUUCAGUCUGUUCAGCCGAUUUGGAUAUAAUUUGUAGCGGAUCGUUCUCAAACUACGUGAAAUUUUAUUUACCAUUUUCACCGAGACCAUAAUUAUACACCUCGUUUGACCCCCGACCCCCCCCCUCCCCCAUUUCUCAUCACCAUUGUUUCCAAUUUUCUCACCUCUUAAUAGAGUCGUCCCAAGAGAAGUCGAAGAAAAGGGUUGUACCAAAUUUGGGGGUGUAAACAAGGUACGUUAUGGUCUCGGUGAAAAUUUUCAAUAGUUUUAUAUCUAUGCACCAGAUUUCCACCUGGGUGGUUUGUGUAGAUGGUAAGCAUCUCUCAGUUUCCAAAGAUUGUUUACUAACUAUGCAAUACAACAGACGCGCUGAUCAGACAUAACAACUCAGGUUUGAUUGAUAUUCUUAUUAGUCUGGCUGCCAGAAGCGACACACACAAUUGAAAAGAAAUUCAUAGAUAAUUAAUAUUUAAUAUUAUCGCUUUAGAAAAAGACUCAAUAUUUUACAGUGUUUGUCAGGUUCCUCAAUUUCACGGAGUUCUCCAACAGUCUCUCCCCACUAAUCGGCGAUGUUCUCUUUUUACUUUUGCUCGUUUUCCCUCAUUCCGUUGUUUUCUGUGAUACCUAAUGCGGCUUCUGCUCAAAUGGAAGGUUAGUUUUCUUUUAUUUAUAUAGAAGGACAUAGACUGACAUGACUUCUUGUGCUUUGUAUGUAACAUAUGACUUUCCUUGGUAACUAAAAAUUCCGGUGAGUGCGUUAAAGAGAUUGUAUAAGAGCUCCGAUCUAAGUGAGGACUGUGGAUGUAAACUAUGUUUUCUUUUAAAGACACCAUGGUUAAAAUGCAAAGACGCUUCUGCCCUUGGAAAUGAAAAUAGCACUAGUCACUCGGGGGGAAAACUUGCCAAACAAUUUGGUUUGGUCAUCGUUAAAAAUUGUCUCUCCAUUCACGACUCAGACUCAGUAGUGAGAAAAUUAAGAAGUGGAAAAAAAUUGUUAUGGUCAUCGUGAGACGAUUGUCUUCCCCUAGCUAGUUCUUUAUUAAACAGCUUAAGUACUGAAACUUCUAGCAGAGACAUUUUUUAAGUGUCAAGAGCUGCAGACGGGCUACAUGGGUUUCCAUUCCUUACCAAAACCACCCCACCCCUCCAUUGCUAGGCAGGCUUGUUACGCCAGCUGGUACCUAAAACAAACGACUCCACGGCUGAUUGCUUAAACCACGAUGGGUAAAUUGAGGUUGCAAAAAAGGACAUUUCUUAAUCCAGCCUACUUUAAAUGAGUGACAGUGCUCAUAACCUAAAAAAAAUAUUUUCAACUGAAAGUAUACAUUUGUUGUGGAGUAUUUUGAAAGUUAUUUUUAGACAGAUCUAUCUUAUCUUUUAAGGUGGCUCGAUACAGUUUUUCAGGGUCAAUACCUCCCACGUUUGAGCGUAAACUACGUCGCCAUAAACAAAGAUUUGGAAAAAUUGACACCACGGUUGUAUUAGAUAAAGAUGAAAAUUUGUUAUGAUCAGGGUUGCAAUGACAUCGGAGUUGUCAUAGCAACGAAAUGACGCCAUUACCUAUUUUGCUUUCAGCAUGAUUUCUCGGCACUGGGAACUGUUCUUCCAAAAUCGUUUACUGGAACUUUUUCCUACAACAGCCGCCUCGAUGUUCCUGAAGUUUAAGCGAAAUCUGUAAGAGCGUUAUCGAGAUAUUUUGGGAACAAGUUUUUAUGGUUAGAAAUACGGUAAAAAAUGGACAAUCUUCAUGUUCGACUGUUAUCUGUACUAAACGAAGCGCUUUUGACAUGCAAUUUCACCUCAUAGUAGUUUCAAUCUUUUUAAAAACGUGUGUGAAAGAUCAUUGAGAUACCUUCAGCCGAUUGCUAGAAAGAAGGAUUUGAUUAGUAUGUAUCGGGGCGCUCUUGUUAGCGGUAAUGUAAACAUUUCGAUCUACUUUAACAAAUUAGCGAAUAAUUUUUAAACCGCUCGAUCAUUUUUUUUUUUAAAUUUAAGAGUCUUGAGAUAAACCGUCCUUUUAUAUGACCUCUUAGUUUCAAGGUUAUUGAUAUAUUGUAAGGUAGUAAAAUAAGGGCUUGAAUUCGCUAACAUUUUGUCAGAAAUUUUGUGUUUACAAGUGAGAGCCUCUUAUUAUUCGGCGGUAUUGUCUCAAAGUUUCAUUUUCACGUGAACAGCAGUAACUUACAAUGCAUUUGACAUAUGCAAAAAUACUAGGUAUUGUUGUGCACGAAAAUAUGAAACUUGGAGACAAUAACCUUGAAUAAUGAGAGGCUCUCACUUGUAAACACAAAAUGUCUGACAAAAUAUUAGCGAAUUCAAGCCCUUAUUUCACUGCCUUACAAUAUAUCAAUAAUCUUGAAACUAAGAGGUCAUAUAAAAGGACGGUUAAUCUCAAGAUUCUUAAAUUUUCUAAAAAAUUUAUCGAGCGAUUUAAAAAUUAUUCGCUAAUUUGUUAAAGUAGACCGAAAUGUCUACAUUACCGCUAACAAGAGCGCCUUGAUACAUACUAAUCAAAUCCUUCUUUCUAGCAAUCGGCUGGAGGUAUCUCAAUGAUCUUUCACACAAGUUUUUAAAAAGAUUGAAACUACUAUGAGGUGAAAUUGCAUGCCAAAAGCGCUUCGUUUAGUACAGAUAACAGUCGAACAUCAAGAUUGUCCAUUUUUUACCGUAUUUCUAACCAUAAAAACUUGUUCCCAAAAUAUCUCGAUAACGCUCUUACAGAUUUCGCUUAAACUUCACGAACGUCGAGGCGGCUGUUGUAGGAAAAAGUUCCAGUAAACGAUUUUGGAAGAACAGUUCCCAGUGCUGAGAAAUCAUGCUGCAAGUAAAAUAGGUAAUGGCGUCAUUUCGUUGCUAUGACAACUCCGAUGUCAUUGCAACCCUGAUCAUAACAAAUUUUCAUCUUAAUCUAAUACAACUGAGGUGUCAAUUUUUCCAAAUCUUUGUUUAUGGCGACGUAGUUUACGCUCAAACUUGGGAGGUAUUGACCUUGAAAAACUAUAUCGAGCCACCUUAAGUUUAGUUUUUGAUCUUUUGUUUUUACUUGUACUUUAUUUAAUUCACGCUUAGCUCGUGAAUUUUUUUCAGUUACCAUAUUCGGAAUGUUAUUCGCUUGGCAUUCUCAGAUGUUAGUUUUUUACAGGUGGUCGUGCUUGUGGUGUUAGAGCUGACCUUCGUUCUUUAGUACUUAUCAGUUGCGACUGUGCGUAGGCUAAUCUAUUCCCUAACAAUAGGAAACCUGUUGCAAUGUUAGCGAUACGAUAUACAGACAUGUCCAGUUUUGGCUAUUAAAACUGCUACUAUACUUGAACUAGAUGACAAAAUCAGAGAUCCGAGACAAACAAAUAUGUCUCCUGAGCAUUAUUUUUGAAGUUGCAAGCAGCAGGGAUCAACUUUGAAAAACUGUUAGGCUGAACAGUUUUCAAAAUCCCUAAUUUCAAUCCGUUUCAACCUUCUUCAGUUUUGCCCAUCCGUGGCAUCUGUUGUUUCUGUUGGGUUAUUUUAACCUUGCUUUAAAGUUUUAAGAGGCUAUUUUUAUGUUUCUCUCAAUUUAACGGGCAUUUUGUAAUUUCCUAAUUUGGCUGAAUUUCGUGACACAGCUCCUUUAAAAUGAGAGAUUAUAUGGACAGGCGGGUUAACCCACCUAUGCGGUUUACCUCACCUUACUGGGGUCCCCCACCUCCAUGUAAACAGGCCCUAAGAAUUGUGCCCCAAAGUGUGAUGCACGUGCGGAGCUGUUAUUUUUUCAUUACACAAAUUGUUUUCAGACGUUCGAUCGUUGCCGCCAUCGUCUAUAGGCUGCUUCAAACUUAAUAAAUCUUAAUCAGUUUUAAAGCUCACAAAAAGUAUGAUUUAUAGAACUACAUGACUUUAAACAGUCCGGGCCACAACCAGAUCUGGAUAUGUAAUUUCCUGCAAUGUGAUUGGUCCAGAAUGCAACCAACACAUUGAUUUGACCGCGAAAGGACUAAGUUCGACAGAAAUGUCGCAGCAAAGAGCGCUAUGGCUGGGAUGUUCCUUGAAGAAAAUGAACAGCAUGUACUACCACACCGAUUAAUCGAGAUGAUUUUAUGUGUCUUAGCGUUCGAUUUACAAAUAUCAAGAUGAUAAUGAUCGAGGAAGGUUUCUGUAAAAACGCCUGGACUUCUGAUAUCAAGAGGCCCGAAGCAACUGGACGACACGGAUCGAAAGGGAAGAGUAGGCAAUUUGAAUACUUGAAAUACUGAUACAUUUUAAGUGAAAAGGUAUAAAGAAGUCGUGUUUGGAGUACUUUUUGCGAGCACUGCUUCGGCCUAGAGUAGUAUGCUUUAUGCUUCUUCGGGAGCAAUUGCAAGUUUUCAGUGUCACGCCAUUCAAAAUAGAUCAAAAUAAAAAUCAAAACCAUUCGACAGAUAAAGCCCAGAAUCUGGGAAGUGAAAGGAGGUAAAUAUACAAAGACCCUCGCCAAGAUUUGGGUCGAAGGAAUAAUUCGUAUACGAGAUAUCCGAGGAAAUGUUUUACCCAAAUUUAUAGAGCUUUGUAUGGAGACGACAUGCUGGAGCUCAUCCGGAUGAGCUCCAACACGGCGGACGGAAACCAAGAGAAACAUCUGUUGCCGAGUUUUGCUACAAAAGCGUGAAUUUACUCCUAGAGGAACUCAUAAACAUUAAAGUAAUACUCUUUCUAAUACUUGAACUGUUUAGAUAGCAAAAUUCCUCGAAAAAAGUUACUUUUUUAACCUAAAUGACAGCUCUCUCGGCCGUAAUGUAAAUGCUGGGUCACGCAAAAGCUUAGAAAUUCAAGCGUACUCUAUUACAAAACCAAGAACCCUUUUGAAGCGAAAAUUUGUUUGAAAAUUAGUUUUCAGCUGCUCUAAUACACCAUGAAAGUAAAAUCUCAGUAGGAUCGAUAGUUUUGUAUUUUGAAUUUUAGUGACGUCAUGUGAAAACCAACAAUACCAUACGCGCUAAAAUCUAAUUGCGAUCGAAGGAGUGCUGGAUAUCAAUUUUCAAUAUUUCAAUCGUCAAACAUCUUGGAUUAAUAUGCGAAGGUAAAAAAAAUAAAUAAAAUUUCUGUAAAUUGCACUCACGAAGGGUCGUAAACAGUCCUGAAUCAAUGUCUGUCUUUUCGUGGUGCAAAACCCCAUUGCGGAUGAAAAUAUUAAAAUACCAUUCACAGUUCAGAGGAGGACUUUAUCGUGUUCUAAUAGCAUUAAAGUGGGGUGGUAGGCCUACACGAAUUUUAACUCAUGCCAAAAUGCUGCUCGUUUCAAUGAAGUUUUUUUCCUCUGCUGGGUAGAUUAUGAUCUGGAAGAUUGUACAUUUUCACUGAGAUUUUAGCCGCUUGUUGCACACUGAGAGGUCAUGGCACACACAUCGAUUUACUGUGGUUUUUGUAUCUGGUCUGAAGGAUUUUCCCUCUAAUGCAAGAGCAUUUUCUGUGACCUCAGUUUUUGAAGCGUAAAGCAUUUUAUUACGGCUGAAUAAGGGUUUUAAUUUUCUCCAAAGUACCUUCUGGAUCUCAAUAACUAAGCGAUUUUUGUUAGUCCGUGAAUGUAAAUAAAAAUGUUGUUGUUUUUUUUUUUUUGCAGUGUUGUAUCACGCUGGGCCCAGCUCAUGAGUUUUCAUUGCAGGAUGUUAAAUUAUCACGGAUAGUGAUUUAGAGAUACAAAAUUAUAAGAAUUAAGUGCAGCUUUAAUUGAAGCUGCAUCAAAUAUGGAGAAAUGCAUUGUGACUCAGUAGACUCCAGCUUGGUGUUUUUCUAUAAAUGCGAGUCUUCUGACUGGAGCGCGUAUUCCCAUCCUUGACAAUAGCUUUUGAAUAAGCUUAACAGUGUUUGAACUGUUUUGUUAUUGCCACUUUGUGAUCAGGCAAGACCAUGGUUACGGUUCUUCACGAACAAACUGGCGGCAUCUUUUUGCCACUAAAACAAGGUGCUUUUGCUUUUCCAUCCGACUGCAAGAUAACAUAAAAUAAACAUUGCGUUACAAUGAAAAGCAGCAGCACGUGAACGGUGCAACUGACUGUUGCUUCUUCCAAAGCACAGCACUAUUUGAAUUCGCUAUGCACUACACCAAAAAGACCACCACCAACAGGCAAAUUUUAUGUAGAUUUCAAAAACCUUUUUUUCAAGGAUCAGAAAAUUGAAACUCACCUUCUUUUUUAGAUGUUUUGCGCCUUGUCCGGCAUUUCUUUGAGCUGAAAAACUCUCGUGUUCGGUCGUUUUGCCUCCCAAGAACGCACAAACGUUAAUCGGACGGCAUUUUUUCUUCACACCCCUGAUUUCUCGCUGCUAAAGUCACAGCUCUCAAAGUAGUAUGGGGAAAAGACACUUAUAGGUGCAGCAAAGAGCCUGGAAGUGACCUUCCCCUGUGUUUCUCGGCGAGGGCGACAUUUUGCAAAUGUGGAUGACGUCAUCAUAUAUCCAGAUCUGGUAGUGGCCCGGACUGUUAAAAGUCAUAAAUAUCAAGUACCUAAGAACUGCCAGAAAAAUACUUAAUUCCAUCAGAAAAUAAUUCGCUAUUUUUCUUCCCCUGACCUCUUUACUUUAGCUACGUUUUUGAGUUUCAGCUCACUUAAUGCGUUCCACUUUAAAAGCCAUUCUUAAAGCCAGGAACUCCCUAAAUUAAGAGAUUUCUAAUAUGCACGACCCAUGCAUUCUAAAAACGUAAAUUAAACCCUUCAUUCUUUCUCUUCAGAAUUUACCACCAUGUAUCAUCACAGUCUUCGUCAAGAUGUUUUUAUAAAGGACGAGUACCAUUAUUUAAACGUUUCUAAAGUUGGAACGUUUACAGUGUAUGACAGCCUUGACUGCACCUUUGAAUGCCUCGGCAAUCCUUCCUGUCUGUCCUUCAACCUGGCAGCUUCCAAAGGAGCAGAUGGAAAGUUGCGGUGUGAGUUGUUAUCCUCAGAAAAGUACAGCAGUCCUGAGGAAUAUAAAAGGAACGAGAGUUUUCAUCACUUUUCCAUCAAGGUGGAGUAAAAUCUUUGCAUAGAGUUUAUUAAAGUAAGAUAUUUUUUGAUAUCCCAGUCUAUGCGACUUUUAAUAACCUGUCACGAACACUAAUCGACGUAGAAGUGACUACUGCACGUAACAAGUCGGGGUUAUUCAGUCGAAUGUCACUUUCUCCUUUUUUUUUCUUACUUCUGCCAUCAACACUUUUACGCAAAACGAAAUUACCUUAAUUAUAUGGCAUUUGACAUCAACCUUUUCUUAAACUAUUUCAGACUCCAUGUAUGUCAUCACCUUGUCAGAACGGAGGCACCUGUGUAGCGAACUAUAAGUAUCACUCGUUCGACUGCCGUUGCAAAGAAGGGUUCUAUGGAGAAUUUUGCGAAGAAGGUAAUUGAUAUUCAGACCGGGACCCCCGUUCAAGUUAGGACAACCAAACUUAGCGGCUUUACCUAAAAUUUAUCUUGGAAAAUUUUAAAGGCGUUGUGACGUGUACGUCAACAUUGAUGUUACCAUGGUAACCGAGUUUUGACAGCCAUGGUUUUCAGAAUUUGCUUUUUCUCUUAACAAAAUAGGUUUAAAUUCAUUUCUUUUUUAACUGAUUGAUUUAUUAGGUUAUCUACUUCUUUUUUACAGUUGCCAAGUCCUCAUGCCAAGAUGUUUAUAAUCAGCUCACAGAAAAGUGGGUAAACCUAUGCAUAGUAAUUUAAUUGAUGAGGAUAGAUCACUUAAAGUCCGGGGGAUCAUUCGGAGUGCGUCAGUACUGUGUUUAUAAGCCAAAAAUCAGCCGUCAGGCCUCAAAAACGGAAUACAAUUGUGUUGCAGGGAAAGUCGAUAUCACUUAAUUAAUUGUACAUGUUAGAAUUCGUAUCGUGGCUGAUGAAUUCUAUUUCAGCCUUUGUUCUCCACUCUAAAAAAACUUAGGGUUAUUAGAGACCUAAACUUGUAAAAACUGUUGAAUUUUUAAAACAAAUGAUUGGUACUGUUAAGAUAAUAAAAACCAUAAUCUGUGAACACCACCAUCCUGCAAUGAAGGCCCUCCAGCAAAAAAAGUUGUUGAUGAAAUGCGGUUGAACCCCGCCGUUUCGUUUAAUACGAACACCCGUAUAAAACGAAUGGUUCGUUUGUACCGACAAAAGUUCAGAUAUUUCAGUGCUCAUAAGUAAACCUGGUUAAUAUGGAAAACAAACACUUUUCUUGUGUCCCGAGUCCCAAACUGUCAUAUAAUAAUUAUCGUAAACUCCCCCGAAAGGUCCUCAAUUAAGUUUUAUAGGGCAAGCUUAGCCCUGGGUCUAACUCCUUACGUUUUAUGCCCAUCAUUUUUGCAGAAAAGGUACUCCUUUCGUAUACCAUUCCAUUCGUCUCUAAUGGUUAAAGGUUCGAGUGGCUUGUUGCAGGCACUUCAUCCCCAGGGGGUACUCAACAAAUUUUUACGGUGAUAAUCCCUGCCCCGAGGUCCACGUCCUUACCUUUUCACAUCCCUUUUGGCGGUUGAGGGGUGGAGUGGCUUGUUACAGGCACUUUAUCCCCAGGGGUUACUCAACAAAUUUUUACGGUGAUAAUCCCUGCCCCGAGGUCCACGUCCUUACCUUUUCACAUACCUUUUGUCGGUUGAGGGGUGGAGUGGCUUGUUACAGGCACUUUAUCCCCAGGGGGUACUCAACAAAUUUUUACGGUGAUAAUCCCUGCCCCAAGGUCCACGUCCUUACCUUUUCACAUACCUUUUGGCGAUUGAGGGGUGGAGUGGCUUGUUACAGGCAUUUUAAAAUGAGCUCAGACCAUACAAGGGCCAAUGUGAAGAAAGACUGCCUUAUCAAAAUCAAACUUGCACGCUAUUUUAAUUGGAGUUUCUUUUUUUUUUAGUAACAAAAUCGUAUUAACCCACAGAAAUCUGUAAUUAUUUGAAAAAGGUUCAUUGUAUGCAAUUAGUGCGUGGUUGUGACAAGGAAAUAGACAGUGGCAGCUAUAGGUAGCCAGUGGUCACCAGUGUCCAUAAAGCGGGGUUGACGACAUGAGAUUUUAAGUCUUCGGAACACAGAAAAGUGUCCGUUCUCCGUCUCAACCGUUGUCCUUAUUAAACGGGUUGGAGAAAGUACGUGAGCUUCAAUAAUUAAAACAUGCAAAACUGACUACUGAAUAUCUGUGUAACAUGUUCUGAGUAGUUGUCAAGAAAAACCAAUCCAAGUCUUACAUGUAGCUCGCGGGUAAAACAGGGGUCCUUUGCCGUCAGAUGGGAAAAACAUCAUGCGCACCAUUUUCGCGGUUUUUCGGUCGCCCCUUUCGCCUUCCCUCUGAACAUCUGCUACGCUGUUUAGCCAUCUUCGAUGUCCGAAUUUAAUUGCUACAGAACACUUUAGUCAAAUACACUUUAUUAAAGUUAGGUGAAGAGCAGCACAGCUUGGUAUUAUAAUACAAAAAUAAAUAUCAACCUGUGCUUGAGGUGAAAUUAUAUCAGUCCAAAGUACAUUUAUCGUGUAGUAGCUCCUAGUAACAUGAUGGGGAACCUGACAAAUUUAGAUUUGACUGAGAUUGUACUGAAUUCCAUUCAUUUAUUUUUGUAAGAAAAAGAGAACCUUUUUUUUUUUACAACCAGUUAAGGUACAUUCCAUUUUUUUCUCUCCGACAGUUGGGAGCUGGAAAAAUUAAAAUGAGAUUUCAUUUUGUACAGGUUGAACGUGAGUCGGUUGGUCACUCUCCUCCUUGACUCCAAACUAGUUUCAGUUCUCUGUCACUUUGGAAAUUUUGGAUGCGGAGAUGGAGGAUGGACACCGGUCAUGAAGAUGGACGGCAACAAGGUAAGACAUUUGUUUACGUUUUCCCUUAGUUUGGCGACGACAGUGGAAAAAAAAAAUGUGUUAUUCAUAAUUAAAUACAGGUUUGCCUCUGUCAGAGGUAAUUUUCAAUUAUCCAAGCCUGUGAAUACAGCCGUUUCUCCUUGCUCCUCGUCGCUAGGGACGUUUCAUCAGGAGGAACGUUUGCACCUCAGCGACAGAAAUUCCAUACUAAUGACGUAAACUUGUAAAAUUUUCUGGGGGAGCAUAAUCCCAGCCUCCGAGUUUGAAGCUCCUUCGGCGCUCUAACUUUUCUUCUCGUUGGUACAUGCCAAGUCCCUGGAUCUGAAAGAUUUAAGUAUUAAGAACACCUUUAAGCUUCUGGAAUGUCUCGGUCAGUAACAGAGGUCAUCCGACCUUCCUGUCAGACGAUGUGAAGGUUUUCAUCAAAAGACGGAAGCCUGGUCUCUGUAUUUGCGAAUUAGCGAGAGUUAAAGAUAAUUAUAUUCAGUUCGGCAUUUUUCAAUCGCAUCAAUAAUUAAAGAGUGCAGUAUUUGUUUACUUUUUAUUCUAUCGGUGACCAUUAACGUCAUUUUGCGUGCUGUGGCUAAAUUGUCAUUUUAUAAAGCUGGAGAAGUGAGGACAUUGCAGAUAUUCUUUUCAUUUUAAUGGAUCUUUCAUUCUUUCUUUUUUCUUCUCCUGAAAGGAUGUUAUCUUUAGAAGAAAAAAGAAGCUUAAAUUUCAACUUUUCUUUUUAAAGGACAUUUUUGCUAUUUCUUCCUCCUUUCUACCACAGCAAACAUUUCAUUACGAAACAGCCUUUUGGAGAAACAAAGAAACCUUUCACCCUGACGGAGGGAAAACUGGGUUUGACUCACAGGAAACCAAACUUCCCUCCUACUGGAACACAUCCUUCUCCAAGAUCUGCCUGGGUAUGAAGAUCAACAACCAGACCAAUUUUAUUGUCAUUAACAAGCAGGCGAACUCCUUGUACUCUCUGAUCGCUGAUGGGCAAUAUCGCAGCACCUCACUGGGUCGUGACAAGUGGAUGUCACUGAUUGGUUCUAAUGCCUCAUUGCAGCUGAACUGUAAAAAGGAAGGGUUCAACGCAAAGUGUACCUUGAGUGGCCGUUCCAAAGCAAGAAUCGGUAUUCUCGGCAACGAUCAAACAGAUUGCCAUGAAUGUAACUCCAGAUUGGGGUUUGGGAGUGAAGGGAACUACGAUGAUAGGCGGAAUACAUGUGGAAAUUUGGAUAACCACAAAGGAAAAAGACUAAGCAUCAAGACAAUGGGGUAUAUCCUGGUGCAGUGA